AUGACAUCUGAAGCCACUAACACUCAAUCGGAACUCGACGCAAUAAGGCUCUAUCUUAAUGAAGCUCGAACUGAUGUUGAAUGGUUAAAUACAAUUUUGGUGUUUUCAUUUUGUCUAAUAGUAAUUCUAAACCUUAGUCUAGCAGAUACAUUUGAUGUAACGGCCUUUGGUGCCAAAGGAGAUGGGAGUGUAGACGAUUCACAAGCUUUCUUACAAGCAUGGGCUAAAGCAUGUGCAAGUAGCAGCAGUGCCACCAUGGUGGUUCCUGGAGGAAAGACAUACUUGUUGAGUCCUCUUCAAUUCAAAGGUCCUUGUAAAGGACCAUCAUAUAUUCAAAUUGAUGGAACCCUAAUGGGACCCAAAACCAAAAGUGAUUGGACUGGUUGUGUGGACGGUGCAUGGAUAGAGUUCUCAAAUGUUGACGGUCUUCAAAUUUUUGGAAGCGGGAAACUUGAUGGACAAGGUUCACCAUGGUGGAAAACUUUCUAUUAUGACCGUGAUAACAAUAUCAAUGACAAUUACCAAAACGAAGGAAUUAAAGGCCAAAAACCGUCGACGCAAGGAAUGUGCUCACAACCACCGAUGGGAUUAAGAUUUUCAAGAUGCAAAAACCUUGAAUUAAGAGGGUUGACUCAUAUCAACCCUCCAGGUAGACAUAUAAGCAUAUAUUCAUGCAGCGACGUUACAAUUACCCAACUUACAAUCACCGCACCCGAAAAUAGCCCUAAUACGGAUGGAAUCGGCAUCUCUUUCACACAUAACGUUAAUAUCACCAACUCUAUUAUUGGCACAGGUGAUGAUUGUAUUGCAAUUUCUUCUGGUACUUCAAACAUUUUUAUUGAAGGAAUUCAAUGCGGACCUGGGCAUGGCAUAAGUGUGGGUAGCCUCGGCCAAAGCGGGUCUGUUGAUACUGUGGAAGAUGUUCAUAUAGUAAAUUGCAAUUUCACAAGAACAACUAAUGGGGCAAGGAUAAAGACAUGGCAGGGUGGAAAAGGUUAUGCAAGAAAUAUUACAUUUGAACACAUUCAAUUGAAUGAUGUUAAGAACUCUAUUAUUAUUGAUCAAAAUUAUUGCAAUGGAAAACACAAUUGUCCGGAAAAGCCGGGCGCGGUGGAAGUGAGCAAUGUGAAGUAUAUAAAUGUGCAAGGAAGGUCGGCAAUUAAUCAAGCAAUACUCCUAGAUUGCAGCAAUCAAAUUCCAUGCAGCAAUAUUGUUUUUGACAAUGUAAACAUAUCGUCAAGCUCUAAGGGUAACGUUUAUGCGACUUGUAAGAAUGCGGAUGUGUCUAUCCCUUCCAACGCAUAUCCAACUGUAUCAUGCAGUAAAGCUGGCAUUUAA